CGCUUCCUUCCCCCACCACCACCAUAUCUCUCUCUCUCUCUCUCUCUUCGAAACCGCAUCCUUGCUUUUUUGCUUUGGCCCUUCCUCUCUCUUUCUCUCUCUCUCUCUCUCUCUCUCUCUUCGGUUGUUUUGUUCUUGUGUAUCCGUCUUUCGAGGGCAUCGUCCGUCUUCCUCUUCAUCUGUUCCGUUCCUGGAGCUCGUUUCCCUUAGAUCCUUGUUCCAGCUGCUGCGCGUGUUUAUGUGAGAAAAGCGGAAAGGAGAAUAAAAAGAAGGAGGCGAAAUUAGGCGGGAGACAGCGCUGGACGGAUAUGCGCCCUGGGCAGAGGUGGCGGCGAAAAGAUAAGCACGACCGGCGGCAGCGACAACCACGAGCACUUCCCUCUCCUCCAGUCCCUUGCGCGUACACGAGCAAACGCGACCGUCGCCCUGGUUCGAUCGACGGCUGGGAAUUCGGGAAAGUUUUGGUCGGAGAUGUCUUCUGAUAGUGGCAGGGAUCCGGCCAUCAAGCUGUUCGGCAGGACCAUCCCGCUCCAAGAGGCAAAGGCUGAGCCCUCGGGCUGCGCCGGCGAGGGAGAGCAACCCCAAGAUGCGACUGCUAUAGAGCCCCCGCCUCCACCAUCCUCCGCCGAUAACGGGGAUGCGCACAGAGAAGCAAAUUCUGAUGAAGCAGCAGUGGCUUGUCUGCAAGAGCCCUGCAAGCCUGAUACUUCUUCUGAUCUAUUGAAUGAUCCCAUGGAAGAGGAAAGAGGAAGAGAUGCUCCUGAUCCUGACACUAGCAAAGUGUCCCCAGAUUCCAAGCCGUCCACACCUGCCUCAGAUGACGUGCAGACUGAAACUGAGGCUGGAAAUGAGAAGGCUCUUAAGAAGCCAGACAAGGUGCUCCCUUGCCCCCGGUGCAACAGCCUAGACACCAAGUUUUGUUACUACAACAAUUACAAUGUCAACCAGCCAAGACACUUCUGUAAGAACUGCCAGAGAUACUGGACAGCUGGUGGGACGAUGAGAAACGUGCCGGUAGGCGCUGGGCGGCGUAAGAACAAGCAUUCUGCAUCACAUUACCGCCACAUAAUGUUGUCCGAGGGCAUGGCAACGACGAUGGUAGAUGCUGCAGCUGCCUCCCAUCAUCAGGUUCUCCACUCUGGUCUUUCACCAACUGCAGGAGGAUUGAGGAAUACUAGUGGCGCGGUGCUCAAGUUCGGAUCUGAAGCACCACUCUGUGAAUCCAUGGCAUCUGCACUGAACCUUGGGGAUCAGCCUGUCAAGGGGAAUGUGGAGAUGGGUUCUGCGUCUGGUUCAGGGAAUGGAGAAGAGAUGUCAUGUGCAUCUUUGGCAACAGCUCCAAGAGUGGGAAGUGAAAUACAAGAGAGAACGGUUGGGAUGGAACAGGGAAGGAACGCAGGCUGCUGUGAAGGACCUACUCCUCAUCUUCUACGCUAUCCUGUACCUCCUCCAUGGCCGUACCCUUGGAGCCCUGGUUGGAGUAACGUUGCAGCCCUGGCAGCUGGAGGAUGCUCUUCCGAAUUGGUCUUCAGACCUGACACCGGCAAUCCUGGUUCGGCCCAAUGGAACCCACCGCCAUUGGUUGCUGCCCCUGCUUUCUGUGCUCCAACUAUCCCUUUCCCAUUUGUAGCAACAUCCUACUGGGGAUGUAUGCCGGGCUGGGCUGGUGGAGCAUGGAAUGCGCCAUGGAUGGGAGCGGGUGGGGGCUUAUCGCCUUCUUCAUCCACCAGUAAUGGCGGUUGUUCCUCGGGAAACAAUUCUCCAACGUUAGGGAAGCACUCCAGAGAUGGAAGCCCCACCGGUGAAGGUAAGCAGGAGAGGGGCGUCUGGAUACCCAAGACCCUUAGAAUUGAUGAUCCAGAUGAAGCUGCCAAGAGCUCCAUAUGGGCUACCCUGGGCAUCAAGCACGAGUCUGCCGAGCGCGUCACAAGAGGUGGAAUGUUUAAAGCGUUUGAAUCCAAAAAAGAAAGCGAGAGAAACAUUGCAGAGGCAUCACCGGCGUUGCGUGCUAAUCCCGCAGCAUUAUCACGAUCUCAGGCUUUCCAUGAGAACAGAUGAAGAGGUUAAUUUGUCUCUCGAGAUAUGCUCUCUAUGAAAUUAAGAUUUCUUUCUUGAUCUGUUUCUUGUGAAGCCCGGCCUUUCCGGUGGUCCAUCAUCAUGCUGCCCUCCUGUUAAAAUGCCUGUCAUGGGCCGGCGCCUGUUUCAUGGAGCUUUGAAUUGCAUGCAGGGAGCAUAUGGAAGAGAUAAGAGAAUGAACGUUGUUGUUGUUGUUCAUGUUGUCCAGAUUUUACUCUAGAACUGUGUAUUGUAUGCAUAUACGAUGUGUAAGUUCGUCAAUAGUUGAGAUUAGCAAGUGGGUAAGGACUGAUUUGAACUUUUUGUUCAGGUUGUUUGGGUCAAGGGACUUGGAAAGAAAAAAUUUUGAAAUAAAUAGAAUUUUGGCAA